GGGAGUGGAGGCCGGGGCAGAGGGCGAGGGCAGAGGGCGCUGGCGGCAGCGGCCGCGGAAGAUGAGCAGCAGCUGCUCAGGGCUGAGCAGGGUCCUGGUGGCCGUGAUUACAGCCCUGGUAUCUGCCUCUUCCCCUUGCCCCCAGGCCUGGGGCCCCCCAGGGGUCCAGUAUGGGCAGCCUGGCAGGCCUGUGAUGCUGUGUUGUCCCGGAGUGACUGCUGGGGCCCCAGUGUCCUGGUUUCGGGACGGAGAACCAAGGCUGCUCCAGGGACCGGACUCUAGGCUAGGGCCUGAACUGGUCCUGGCCCGGGCAGACAGCACUGACCAGGGCACCUACAUCUGCCGGACCCUGGAUGGUGCACUUGGGGGCACGGUGACCCUGCAGCUGGGCUACCCCCCAGCCCGCCCUGUUGUCUCCUGCCAAGCAGCUGACUAUGAGAACUUCUCCUGCACUUGGAGUCCCAGCCAGGUCAGCGGUUUACCUACCCGCUACCUCACCUCCUACAGGAAGAAGACAGUACCAGGAGCUGAUGGCCAGAGGAGGAGUCCAUCCACAGGGCCCUGGCUGUGCCCACAGGACCCCGUAGGGGCUUCCCGCUGUGUGGUCCAUGGGGCAGAGUUCUGGAGCCAGUACCGGAUUAAUGUGACUGAGGUGAACCCACUGGGUGCCAGCACACGCCUGCUGGAUGUGAGCUUGCAGAGCAUCUUGCGCCCCGACCCACCCCAGGGGCUGCAGGUGGAGUCAGUACCAGGUUAUCCCAGACGCCUGCGUGCCAGCUGGACAUACCCGGCCUCCUGGCCCCGCCAGCCCCACUUCCUGCUCAAGUUCCGGCUGCAGUACCGUCCAGUGCAGCAUCCAGCCUGGUCCACGGUGGAACCAGCUGGACUGGAGGAGGUGAUCACAGACGCUGUGGCUGGGCUGCCCCAUGCUGUACGGGUCAGUGCCCGGGACUUUCUGGAUGCUGGCACCUGGAGUGCCUGGAGCCCAGAGGCCUGGGGGACUCCAAGCACUGGGCCUUUACUGAAGGAAAUACCAGCUGGAGGCCAGCUACAUAUGCAGCCAGAGGCAGAGCCUCAGGUGGACAGCCCGGCUCCUCCAAGGCCUUCCCUUCAACCAGAUCCAAGGCCGCUUGAUCACAGAGACCCCCUGGAGCAGGUGGCUGUGCUAGCAUCUUUGGGAAUCUUCUCUUUCCUGGGACUGGUGGCUGGGGCCCUGGCAGUGGGGCUCUGGCUGAAGCUGAGACACAGUGGGAAGGAUGGACCCCAAAAGCCUGGGUUCUUGGCCCCAAUGAUUCCAGUGGACAAGCUUCCAGGAGCUCCAAACCUGUAGAGGACCCAGGAGGGCUUCAGCUGAUUCCACCUAUAACUCUGUCUUGCUGGUGUGGAUGGAUGGACAGAUAGAACCCAGGCAGGACAGUAGAUCCCUAUGGACAGGGUCUCAGCUGGAAGUUUUGUUUGGAGUCCAUUUCUGUGAGACCCUGUAUUCCAAACUUGCCAGCUGAAAGGUGCCUGGACCUCUGAUUUCAUCCCAUAGCUGGAGUUCCACCUGAGGAACGUGUGUAGAUGUGUAUGUUUGUGUCCAUGUGUGACCAUGUGUAUGUGAGGCAGGGAACAUGUGUUCUCUGCAUGCAUGUAUGUAUGUAGGUGCCCGGGGAGUGUGUGUGGGUCCUUGGCUCUUGGCCUUGCCCCUUGCAGGGGCUAUGAAAAUGCAAAUAAAGAGAACAAGGAAGUUCUUGGGGAUCACACUCAGA